CGCCUCAGCGGCGCGAUGUACAAUACGGUGUGGAGUAUGGACCGCGAUGACGCAGACUGGAGGGAGGUGAUGAUGCCCUAUUCGACAGAACUGAUAUUUUAUAUUGAAAUGGAUCCUCCAGCUCUUCCACCAAAGCCACCUAAGCCAAUGACUUCAGCCGUUACAAAUGGAAUGAAGGACAGUUCUGUUUCUCUUCAGGAUGCAGAAUGGUACUGGGGGGAUAUUUCAAGGGAGGAGGUAAAUGACAAAUUACGGGAUAUGCCAGAUGGUACAUUCUUGGUCAGAGAUGCCUCAACAAAAAUGCAGGGGGAUUACACUUUGACUUUGCGGAAGGGAGGCAAUAAUAAGUUAAUAAAGAUCUAUCAUCGAGAUGGUAAAUACGGCUUUUCUGAUCCUCUGACAUUUAAUUCUGUGGUGGAGCUCAUUAACCACUAUCAUCAUGAAUCUCUUGCUCAGUACAAUCCCAAACUUGAUGUGAAGCUAAUGUACCCAGUGUCCAGAUACCAACAGGAUCAGUUGGUAAAAGAAGACAACAUUGAUGCAGUUGGUAAAAAACUGCAAGAGUACCACUCUCAGUAUCAGGAAAAGAGUAAAGAGUAUGACAGGCUAUAUGAGGAAUAUACCAGAACAUCCCAGGAAAUACAGAUGAAGAGGACUGCAAUUGAAGCUUUUAAUGAAACAAUUAAAAUAUUUGAAGAGCAGUGUCACACACAAGAACAACAUAGCAAAGAAUAUAUUGAGCGAUUUCGCAGAGAGGGGAAUGAAAAGGAAAUUGAACGAAUUAUGAUGAAUUAUGACAAAUUGAAAUCACGUCUGGGUGAGAUUCAUGAUAGCAAAAUGCGUCUAGAGCAGGAUUUGAAGAAACAAGCUUUGGACAACCGGGAAAUAGAUAAAAAAAUGAACAGUAUCAAACCUGACCUGAUCCAGCUGCGCAAGAUCCGAGAUCAACACCUUGUAUGGCUCAAUCACAAAGGAGUGAGACAGAAGCGCCUAAAUGCCUGGCUGGGAAUCAAGAAUGAGGAUGCUGAUGAGACCUAUUUUAUCAAUGAGGAAGAUGAAAACCUGCCCCAUUAUGAUGAGAAAACCUGGUUUGUUGAGGAUAUCAAUCGAGUACAAGCAGAGGACUUGCUUUAUGGGAAACCUGAUGGUGCAUUUUUAAUUCGUGAGAGUAGCAAGAAAGGAUGUUAUGCUUGCUCUGUGGUUGCCGAUGGGGAAGUGAAGCACUGUGUGAUCUACAGCACUGCUCGGGGCUAUGGCUUUGCAGAGCCCUACAACCUGUACAGCUCACUGAAGGAGCUGGUGCUCCAUUACCAGCAGACAUCCCUCGUUCAGCACAACGACUCCCUCAACGUCAGGCUUGCCUACCCUGUCCACGCACAGAUGCCCUCACUCUGCAGAUAA